AUGAGCAAGCCCAUUUUGACGGCUGUAUUUGAUGUGCUAGAUGCAGGAAACCAUGGAAGUUCCAAUUCUCCUGCAAAAGUGAUUAUUGUUGCCAUUGUAGUUCCAGUCGUUGGGAUUUUACUCUUCAUUGCAGUCCUUUAUUAUUUUCUGAGAAUUAUUAGAAUUUCUAAGAACCCAAAUACUAAAAUACAGACAGCAGAUUUGACUGGAAUUUCAUCAACUGAGGAUCAGUCCUUGCAAUAUGACUUUGCUAUUAUUCAAGCUAUUACAAAUGAUUUCUCCCCUGGAUGUAAGAUUGGUAAAGGUGGAUAUGGCUAUGUAUACAAGGGAAUGCUUCCUAGCGGACAAGAAGUAGCUAUAAAAAGGCUUUCAAGAAGCUCAGGACAGGGAGCAAAAGAGUUUAAGAAUGAAGUUGAAGUAGUUGCCAAGCUUCAACACAGAAAUUUAGUUAGACUAUUGGGAUAUUGCUCCGAAAGAGAAGAAAAGAUACUCAUAUAUGAAUUUGUGCCCAACGGAAGCCUUGACUACUUCUUAUUUGAUGUUGACAAACAGUAUUUAUUGGACUGGUCAAGACGUUACAAAAUUAUAAAAGGAAUAUCACGAGGAUUACUUUACCUUCAUGAAGAUUCUCGUCUUAAAAUCAUACACCGUGAUCUCAAAGCAAGCAAUAUAUUGUUAGAUGCAAAUAUGAAUCCCAAAAUAGCUGAUUUUGGCAUGGCAAGAAUUUUUGAAAUUGAUCAAACUGAAGAAAAUACGAACAGAAUCGUUGGAACAUAUGGCUAUAUGUCUCCUGAAUAUGCAAUGCACGGAGAGUUUUCUGUGAAGUCCGACAUUUUCAGUUUAGGCGUUAUACUUUUAGAGAUUAUUACUGGAAACAAAAAUCGCAUCUUCGACCAAUCUGCAAAUAGAUCAGUGAACCUUCUUGGCUAUGCUUGGGAACAGUGGAGGGAUGGCACACCAUUGGAAAUACUUGAUCCGGUCCUCGCAAAGUCCUACAAAGUGAAUGAAGUCAUCCAAUGUAUUCACAUUGGUUUAUUAUGCGUUCAAGAUGUUGCAGUUGAAAGACCUACAAUGGCAGAAGUGAUGUUGAUGCUUAGCAGUUAUUCUUCUAAUAGCUGGCCAUCACCUCGUGAACCUGCAUUUUACCAUGGUGGAAGUGAGGGAAUGCCAAGAGAACUGGAGUUGGAACGACCUAUGACGGUCAAUGUAGUGUCAAUUUCUGAACUCUAUCCGAGAUAGGGAGACUACGAUGGAGUUCAAGAAUGGAGUUUAAAUUUGCAGAAUUGCUGGCAAAAGAGACAGGAGAUUAAGUGCAGAUUGCAUAUAAUUUUUUUAGGCUUAUUUUCAAAGUCUUACAU